GAAGUCAUUAUUUCUCAAUAUUUUCUACUUUUCUUCCAUUUGUAUGCUACUGUAUUGAUAGCAGAGAGGAAUAAGAAGAGAAGGCAGUUGCCAAAAUGGCUCAAAUUGGGGUGAAACAGAGAGGCUUGGCAAUCAUGGCAUGGCUGGUGUUUCUGGUUCUUGUCAUGAUAAGCAAUGUGGGGAUUGCAGAGAGAUUAUUGAAAGACAAAAGGAAUCAUGAACUUUUCAAAGAAAAAGAAGAAACACAAGGAUUUCUAGUUAGAGUUGCCAGCUUCCUCUGGCAAGGUGGGAAGUCUGCUUAUGAACCAGUUUGGCCGGAGAUGGAGUUUGGUUGGAAAAUAGUUGCAGGAACAAUUGUCGGAUUCCUUGGUGCAGCUUUGGGUAGCGUUGGAGGGGUUGGAGGUGGUGGAAUUUUUGUUCCAAUGCUCGCUCUCAUAAUAGGUUUCGACCCCAAGUCUUCCACUGCCAUUUCCAAGUGUAUGAUCAUGGGUGCAGCUGGGUCAUCAGUAUACUAUAACCUGAGACUUAGGCACCCAACACUGGAAAUGCCCCUCAUAGAUUAUGACUUGGCGUUGCUCUUCCAGCCCAUGCUUAUGCUUGGAAUCAGCAUUGGAGUUGCCCUAAAUGUCAUGUUUGCUGAUUGGAUGGUCACAGUUCUGCUUAUCAUCCUCUUCAUUGGUACAUCAACAAAAGCCUUAUUCAAAGGUAUAGAUACAUGGAAGAAAGAGACAAUGAUGAAAAAGGAAGCAGACAAGUUGGAAGCAGAAGAGUCCAAAUCAGCUAAUGGAGCUGCUCAAGAUUAUAAACCAUUACCUAGUGGUCCAGGCACCCUGCCAGAAGAUGAAGUUCCUCUAAUACAAAACAUAUAUUGGAAAGAGUUAUCGCUGCUAGUAUAUGUGUGGAUUGGUUUUCUCAUCGUUCAGAUUAUUAAGGAAUAUCUUCCAACUUGCUCAAUCAUUUACUGGAUUGUGAACUCUUUGCAGAUACCAAUUGCUGCCUCUGUGACACUCUUUGAAGCCAUAUGCUUAUACAAAGGGACCAGGGUGAUUGCUUCCAAAGGAAAGGAAGUCACAAAUUGGAAGAUAUAUCAGAUUCUUCUUUACUGUUCCUGUGGCAUAAUAGCUGGCAUGGUUGGUGGGUUGCUAGGACUUGGAGGUGGCUUCAUCUUGGGUCCUCUAUUCCUUGAACUGGGAAUUCCUCCUCAGGUAGCUAGUGCAACAUCAACGUUUGCUAUGGCAUUUUCCUCCUCAAUGUCAGUUGUACAAUAUUAUCUUCUCAAUCGUUUCCCAAUCCCAUAUGCUGCUUAUUUUGUUCUAGUAGCAACAAUCGCUGCCUUCACUGGCCAGCAUGUAGUCAGAAAGAUUAUUGCAGUCCUAGGAAGAGCAUCGAUAAUCAUCUUCAUACUAGCUUUGACAAUCUUUAUCAGUGCAAUCAGUUUAGGUGGAGUUGGCAUUGCUGAUCUGGUUGAAAAACUGGAAAAUGAAGAGUAUAUGGGAUUUGAAAACCUUUGCAAGCUGUCUUGAUUGAGUUCUUUUUUGCCCUAUUACCGGUGGAAUUUCUCAGCUGAGAGCAACUCUACAUCCACACUGCAUAGAACUUCAGCACUCCAGACUGAACCAUUUGUCAAUUAUUUUCACUUAAAGAUUUGGGUUUUAUAUGUGUUAGUGGAGAUUCAUUUCUUGUCCAGUUCAUGGCAAAACUUCUCCACCACAGUGUGUUUCUUUUCCUUUCCUUUUUCUUUUUCUUCUUUUCCUCUUCCUGGCAUCUCAUUUUGCCAUGGUUCCUAGUUAAAUAGAAACUGUGUCUACCACAUUUUAUCUGAUAGUUAUGUAAGAAACCUUUUGGCUGAAUAACAUAAGAUGUCAAUGUCAGGGCUUUUAAUCUUUUGAUGAGCUUUUGGCUUCAUCUUAUCAUUCAAUCUUAUAAUGAGCAAUCUCAACCUUUUGGUUUCGGUAGCAGAAAGCUUCUUCUUGAGGAGCAUAUCAAUUCUUAACACAUUUUUCCAAUUUUUCACCAUUGCCAUAAAAGAAUUUUUUAACACUGUUAGUCCUAUAAAU